GGUAGUUGGAGUGGUUGGAUUUUCCCUGGAAUUGAGUGAGAAAUUCAGAAGACUGAAGCCCAGGCUUACUGUCUACCUUUCACGGAGGCCUAGCCGUGAGAGGACAGAAGAAGGCACGUGGCGAAUCAUGACAGCUGACAAAGACAAAGACAAAGACAAAGAGAAGGACCGGGACCGAGAUCGGGACCGAGAGAGAGAUAAACGAGACAAAGCAAGAGAGAGUGAGAAUUCAAGGCCACGCAGGAGCUGUACCUUGGAAGGAGGAGCCAAAAAUUAUGCCGAGAGCGAUCACAGUGAAGAUGAGGAUAAUGACAACAAUAGUGCCACCACGGAGGAGUCCACCAAGAAGAACAAAAAGAAACCACCGAAAAAAAAAUCUCGCUACGAAAGGACAGAUACCGGCGAGAUAACAUCCUACAUCACCGAGGAUGAUGUUGUCUACAGACCAGGAGACUGUGUGUAUAUCGAGAGUCGGAGGCCAAACACGCCGUAUUUCAUCUGUAGCAUUCAAGACUUCAAACUGGUCCACAACUCCCAGGCCUGCUGCAGAUCUCCAACUCCUGCUUUGUGUGACCCCCCAGCAUGCUCUCUGCCGGUGGCAUCACAGCCACCACAACAUCUUUCUGAAGCCGGGAGAGGGCCUGUAGGGAGUAAGAGGGACCAUCUACUCAUGAACGUCAAAUGGUACUACCGUCAGUCUGAAGUUCCAGAUUCUGUGUACCAGCAUUUGGUUCAGGAUCGGCAUAACGAAAAUGACUCUGGAAGAGAACUUGUCAUUACAGACCCGGUCAUCAAGAACCGAGAGCUCUUCAUUUCUGACUACGUCGACACGUAUCAUGCUGCUGCCCUCAGAGGGAAGUGUAACAUCUCCCAUUUUUCUGACAUAUUUGCUGCUAGAGAGUUUAAAGCUCGAGUGGAUUCAUUUUUCUACAUAUUAGGCUACAACCCUGAGACCAGGAGGCUGAACAGCACCCAGGGAGAAAUUCGUGUUGGUCCUAGCCAUCAGGCCAAACUUCCCGAUUUGCAACCGUUCCCUUCUCCAGAUGGUGACACUGUGACCCAACAUGAGGAACUGGUCUGGAUGCCUGGAGUUAAUGACUGUGACCUUCUUAUGUACUUGAGGGCAGCAAGGAGCAUGGCAGCAUUCGCAGGGAUGUGUGACGGAGGCUCCACGGAGGAUGGCUGUGUUGCCGCAUCUCGGGAUGACACUACCCUCAAUGCGCUGAACACACUACAUGAAAGUGGUUAUGACGCUGGCAAAGCCCUGCAGCGCCUGGUCAAGAAGCCCGUGCCCAAGCUGAUCGAGAAGUGCUGGACCGAGGACGAAGUGAAACGCUUCGUUAAGGGGCUCAGGCAGUACGGCAAGAACUUCUUCAGAAUUAGAAAGGAGCUGCUUCCCAAUAAGGAAACAGGGGAGCUGAUCACCUUCUAUUACUACUGGAAGAAAACCCCCGAAGCAGCCAGCUCCCGGGCCCAUCGCCGGCACCGCAGGCAGGCCGUGUUCAGGAGGAUCAAGACCCGCACCGCGUCCACACCCGUCAGCACGCCCUCCAGGCCACCCUCCAGCGAGUUCCUGGACCUGAGUUCAGCCAGCGAGGAUGACUUUGACAGUGAGGACAGCGAGCAGGAGUUGAAGGGGUACGCCUGCCGCCACUGCUUCACCACCACCUCCAAAGACUGGCACCACGGGGGCCGGGAGAACAUCCUCCUGUGCACGGACUGCCGCAUCCACUUCAAGAAGUACGGCGAGCUCCCCCCCAUCGAGAAGCCUGUGGACCCCCCACCAUUCAUGUUCAAACCUGUCAAAGAGGAAGACGAUGGGCUCAGUGGGAAGCAUAGCAUGAGGACACGGCGCAGUCGUGGCUCGAUGUCUACACUGCGCAGCGGUCGUAAGAAGCAGCCAGCCAGCCCUGAUGGUCGUGCCUCGCCGAUCAAUGAGGACAUCCGCUCCAGUGGCCGGAACUCACCCAGCGCUGCCAGCACCUCCAGCAAUGACAGUAAAGCAGAGACAGUGAAGAAGUCGGCCAAGAAAGUGAAGGAGGAAGCCUCAUCCCCCCUCAAGAGCACCAAGCGCCAGCGGGAGAAGGUGGCCUCCGAUACAGAGGAGGCCGACAGGACCAGCUCCAAGAAGACAAAAACCCAGGAAAUCAGCCGGCCCAACUCGCCAUCCGAAGGCGAGGGAGAGAGUUCUGACAGCCGCAGUGUCAACGAUGAGGGCAGCAGUGACCCCAAAGACAUCGACCAGGACAAUCGCAGCACGUCCCCCAGCAUCCCCAGCCCCCAGGACAACGAGAGCGACUCGGACUCUUCGGCCCAGCAGCAGAUGCUACAGGCCCAGCCACCGGCCUUGCAGGCUCCCAGUGCGGCCACUCCGGCUCCCUCCGCCGCCCCCCCAGGGGCCCCCCAGCUCCCCGCACCGGGACCCGUGCCCUCUGCGUUCUACAAACACCUGGACCGUGGGUACAACUCGUGUGCGCGGACGGACCUGUAUUUCAUGCCUCUGGCGGGAUCCAAACUGGCCAAGAAGAGGGAGGAGGCCAUCGAGAAGGCCAAACGGGAGGCUGAGCAGAAAGCACGCGAGGAACGAGAGCGCGAGAAGGAGAAGGAGAAGGAGCGCGAACGGGAGCGCGAGCGGGAGCGGGAGGCGGAGCGAGCGGCCCAGAAGGCGUCCAGCUCAGCCCACGAGGGCCGCCUCAGCGACCCCCAGCUCAGUGGUCCCGGCCACAUGCGGCCAUCCUUCGAGCCGCCACCAACCACCAUUGCUGCGGUGCCUCCGUACAUCGGGCCCGACACUCCCGCUCUUCGGACUCUGAGCGAGUACGCUCGGCCCCACGUCAUGUCGCCCACCAACCGCAACCACCCCUUCUACAUGCCCCUCAACCCUACCGACCCCCUGCUGGCCUACCACAUGCCCGGCCUCUACAACGUGGACCCCACCAUCCGCGAGCGGGAGCUCCGGGAGAGGGAGAUCCGGGAGAGGGAGAUCCGCGAGCGGGAGCUGCGGGAGAGGAUGAAGCCGGGCUUCGAGGUGAAGCCCCCGGAGCUGGAUCCCCUGCACCCAGCCACCAACCCCAUGGAGCACUUCGCCCGGCACAGCGCCCUCACCAUCCCCCCCACUGCGGGCCCCCACCCUUUUGCUUCUUUCCACCCGGGCCUGAACCCCCUGGAGCGGGAGAGACUGGCCCUGGCGGGCCCCCAGCUGCGGCCUGAGAUGAGCUACCCUGAUAGACUGGCGGCCGAGCGGAUCCACGCUGAGCGCAUGGCCUCGCUGACCAGCGACCCCCUGGCCCGCCUGCAGAUGUUCAACGUGACUCCGCACCACCACCAGCACUCACACAUCCACUCGCACCUUCACCUCCACCAGCAGGACCCCCUCCAUCAAGAGUGCCAGGGAGGCAGCUCUGGGCAGCGUUGCCAGUCCGGCUGGCAGCUGGGCGAGAAACGCUGGCUGGACCCGAGCGGCCCUCAGGUUCCGGUGGACCUGACAGGUACCCCCUACCCCCGAGACCUGCCUGGGGCCAUCCCACCCCCCAUGUCUGCGGCCCACCAGCUGCAGGCCAUGCAUGCCCAGUCAGCAGAGCUGCAGAGACUGGCCAUGGAGCAGCAGUGGCUGCACGGACACCCCCACAUGCACGGUGGCCACCUACCAAGUCAGGAAGAUUAUUACAGUCGACUGAAGAAAGAAGGUGACAAGCAGUUAUAA